GAUUUCACCUGUAAUCACCUAUAAUUACUCAUUACGAUAUUGAAAAACAUUAUCAAAAAUAGAUAUAUUGUACACAAAAUAAUGAGCAUCUCAAAAACUAAUUGCAUAAUAAUGAUAUAAUUACGUCUCUACUUCAUAUAAAAGAACUUCCCUAGCGAUUUUCAAAUAUUGUUUACUUACUUUUGCGUUAUAUCAAACGUACUAAAGUGUGUAUUGUGGUAAAAUGCCUAAAGCAAGAAAAAGUUUCACCACCAAGAAACGGAGCAGAAAGGUGAUAUUGCAGAAAGCCCGAGAAGCGAAGUUAACCAAAAUGGCAAUGAAUGUUGUUAGUAGUAUAGAAGAAGAUGACAAACCUAAUUGCAUGGUUCAAUGUGAAGAACAUUUAUCAGACGUCAAUCAUGAAGCAGGCAGUGGAACCAAUGAUGAAGACGAACACGGUUCGGAAAUGUCAUUUUAUGAAAGUGAUCUAGAAACAGAACCUCAUUGCGAGCAAAAAGAUACCUUAUUUUUAUCUGGUCGCCGAAUUGUAGAGAUUGGUCAUUUUUUGGCAUCUCUUAGAGCUCUACGACAUGAUGGCUUUGGUUGCUCUUUCUUCGACAUGGACAUCCAAUCGGAAAAAAUUGAAGGCUUAGAAAGCAUAUUUACGUUUAAAUGUAAAGUGUGUGGGAAAAUAGAUUCCGUAAGAAGUUGCGGUGGUAGUGCAACAUUUCAUUCCACAAAUCAAGCUGGUAUUAUUGGGUCCUUAUCUAUUGGAAUUGGAUACAGUCAAUUAGCAGAGCUGCUUGCAGCCAUGGAUAUACCGCAAAUGUCAAACGUGACCUAUUUAAAAAAUCACAAUGCCAUAUACCCUUCUGUACAUGCAUUAAAUCAACAAUUGAUGACUGUCGCUGCAAAAGAAGAAGCUGAGCUUGCCGAUGAAAUGAAAGAUGGUAUACCAGUCAUUGGCGUUAUAGCUGACGGUGCAUGGGCAAAGCGAUCUUAUCGUAAAAAUUAUUCUGCCCUUUCAGGAGUGGCAUCUAUCAUUGGAGCCAAAACAAAGAAAAUUUUGCAUAUGGGUGUCAAAAAUAAGUACUGCUUCUUAUGUGCUAGAGGGCGUAAAGAAGAAGACCAUGAUUGUUUUCGAAACUGGUCUAAGACGUCUAGAGCCAUGGAAUCAGCCAUUGUAGGUGAAGGUUUUAAAAAUUCCAUAACGCGCCACAAUCUUAUAUAUGGAAAACUAAUUGGGGAUGGCGACAGUAGCGUUUACAAACAUUUAGUUGAAAUCGCACCAUACGGUCCAUCGUUUUACAUAAAAAAAUUGAAUGUCGCAAUCAUUUACUUCGAAACUUCAUAAAUAAACUCAGCGAUUUGAGUAAAGACACCAAAUACUCAAAACCUCACAGAGAGUAUGUGUCAAAUCCAUCAAUGCUAGGUCGCUUCCGCAAUGCAGUUAUACGGGCUAUCGCAUACAGGAAAUCCGAAAAUAAUGCACUUGAUGACAAGAUUGACAAUUUAAAGAAGGAUAUAUUGAAUAGUCCCUACCAUAUCUUUGGCCGCCAUGUACAUUGCAAAGAUUACUUUUGCAAAGGUUCAGAUGAGAAUAAGGAUGAUUUAGUUGAUAUAUAUACCCAAAACGGGAUCCUAGGUGGA